AACUCUUACAGUUUAAAGCCACACUUAGCGGAAGAAACAGAUUGUGUGCUUCGUGUUUUGUGACCGUUGUUAAUAAGAAAACAAAAAAAAAAAACAAGAAGUGAAAAACGAACGACAACGAAGUAGAAGAAAAAGACGGCUACGAGACGGGUGUUUGGAAACAUGUUUUGGUUAUUCACCCAUUCAGAAUUCAUGGCUUGAAUAUUGUUUGGAGCUAGCUGUUCAAUUACAAAAUUGGAUUACAUUUUCAAAUGGCAGUAAAGAUACCAAUGUUGCAACCAGAUCUCAACCAACAACAAGUGAAAAUAAGUCUACAACAAGACUUGAAUUAUUGUCGAAAACAGAAACAGCCACAGCUGAGUGGAGCUGAGCAGAAACAACAACAACACCAUCACCACCACCAUCAACAGCAGAAGCAUCAGCCCAAACAGCAGCCAGAUUUUGAAACCGGCAUUUCAGGCAGCGGCGACGUUAGCGGUUGUGGUUUGAAAGACAAUUACCAUAAAUGUGGCCUUAAAAUAAACGAGAAAAUUCUGCAUAAUUACAACAAUUACGAAUUGAGAUAAAACAACAACUACAACAAAAAUAAAAAAGAAAAAUUAAAACGGACAGAAAAUAUUGAAAAUAGCAAAUGAUAAAAGACGAAGAGUGUGAAAAACUUGCUACGAAUCAAAAGGAAAGAGUACAAAAUAUUUUUUACUUGGAAAGCGAGAAAAAUAGAAAAUUCGAACAGACUGACUGACUGACAGAUCGACAGGCAGAAAACCAGGCCCAUGAGUGUUAAAUUGAAAAUUUUCGAAGCCCAAAUUUUAAAGAGAAACUCAAGUUAAUCGAAAUAAAAAAAAACAGAAGAAAAACCAAAAACGAAAAACAGAAACAUUCAAACUGCUACACCACGGUGCUUAUCACGGUGCAUUUGCUGAUGAUGUCUAGAGAGCCGUUAAGCCAAGAAACCGCCAAACCAAGCCAACAUCAAAAACAGCAACAACACCAACAACAUCAACUUCAAAAAUUGCAACCACAAACGGAAAAACACAAAGAGCCUUCUUGUUGUUGUAAAUGUGGAAAUCAAGCGAAUAGUGGAAGACGGAGAAGUCGUGCUGGUGUAGGUGGUGAUGCAUUGGGAGGAGUAGGCCCCAAUAGUUGGAGUAGCGGUGCUGCAUCAUCGUCAUCCCCACUGCCAACCACAACCACUUCAUCAUGGUGUUAUCGUCAGGCUAGUGGCUUGCUCAGUGGCAUUUGUUGGUGGCUGGUUUUGGUGGUAUUUAUGCUGAUAUUGUGUGGCAAUUCGGCGGUUUCACAGCAGCUACAACAACAACAGCAAACUUCUUAUAAUCUCAACAACAAUGGCAAUCAAAACAAUAGUUCCACCGACAGCAACAACAACAGUGCCAACAUAUCAUGGCAAAUUGCCACACCAAAUAAUGACAAUGCAGCAGUGGUGCAGCCACAGCCGCUGACUUUAGAAGUAGGCGAGGGAAAACAACAGCCACCAGCCGAUGUUGUCUUGCCCUUAAGACAGGCAAGAUUUUUUAAAUUCACCACUACCACCACCACCCCCUCAUCGGCAUUAAAUGGCAAGUCGCUUAACGUGACAACAAUUGCAAAUGGCGAAAGUGGUGGUAAAAAUCGCAGCACUACUUCAAAAUCUGUUACCGAGUCGUUGGAUCUUAAAGAUGACAGUAACGACAACAACAACGAUGACAACGAAGAUUUGGAUACCAAUGACGAUGAUGAUGAUGAUUUAGGCAAUUCAUCUGAAUUAUUAAAUGAAUCAGAAGAUGGCUACGAACACUCGAGUGUUUCACCCACAACCUAUCGUCCCACCCGUCCCUCUGUCAGUCCCCAACUUACUGCCGCUCAGGAGAGAGAACGUCGUCUAAUGGAUGUUUUGGCGGCGCGUCGCAAUGCUCUACACCGGCCAGGUUUUCGCAAUCGCAUUGGCACCACGGGGCGUACAGCGACAGCUGUUGAGACCACCUCGAAAUCACCCACCGAUCCAAGGUCAAUAUGUAUACGAAAUUGUACGAAAAAUUUCACCCGACGAACGACAGCAAGUUGUAUGCGACAAUGUGCAAAUUUCUCCCGCAAUGGACCCACCAUCAUUGGUGGUAUAGGUGGUGGCGCGGAAAGUGUGGUGAUGGUGAAGAAUUCAUCGAAAAAGGGCACUGGAACGGCACAAGCUGGCGAAAAGGAUACCAAUGAAAUAUUGUUUACCGAUGAGUCUUCGCAUGGCCUCUUGGUGAUAGCCAAAGAGCAGAAUGACACAGCAAAUCACAUAACCGAUGAGGUCAAGGGUAUUGGGGCAGCCAGCAAAUUGAGGGGAAGACGUAAACCCGGCACCAUGGUUACUGUGGCCACAACGUCCAUAGAAGAUGACGAAAUACAACCGUAUUUGUAUUUUGGCCAAAAACUACCACCCCUUAAACCAAAUGCCCUGACCAUUACCUCGGUUAGUGAUGAACAUCCGAAGCUGCUGGAAGUAUCGGUGGCCGAGGAAAUACCCUCCUCAACGACACCUGUAACUGUUACCUCAACCCUAUCGGCUGUGGAGAGGAGUCGGGCAAGGUUUAAGUAUAAUCCACGAGGUGGUGUUAGUUUCAAUAGGCGUUAUACCACCCUGCAUAGGGGCACCACACCUGAGGCACCCACUGAGGUGAAAACAACCACAUUGAGAAUUGUUACAGAGAAACCGCUAAAGGUGCAGUCAUUGAAACCGAAAGCGGAAAUUGUAACUGAAAUAUCGGUGGUGAAGAAGGUCGAACCCAUUGUGGAGUCCAUACCUAGGGAGGCAUUGAGGGAAAAAGAAGACAGCAUAGUGACAGCUACUCCUUUAAUUAUUACCGUGUUGAGUGAUGAGGAAAUGAUGACACCACCCAUUUCGGAUAUACCCAGUACAGAGUCGUCAACGAGCGCAACAACAGAGAGGGAGACACCCUCAACGACUAGUACAACAGCUCCUGAACCCCCAAUAACCACAACGACUACCAUGGCACCGAUCACCAGCACAACAACAAGUACCCCAGCUCCCAGGAGAUAUUCCGAAUUUAUUCCCAAAACCUCGGCAAAAGUUACACCAACAACAAUAAGUCCCAUUCCCACCACAACUACAACAACCACCACCACCAUUAUGCCAACCACAACAACUUCCACAACGAGUACUACAACAACAACCACACUUUUGCCAACCACUACCAAUACCAAAACUACCACAAGCACCUCUACAACAACAACAACUACGACCACAACAGAAACCCCCACAACCACCCGAAAAUCCGAUAUCAUUGAAGAAAAUAACGAACUGCUGAGAGCUCUCGGUCCCAGUUUAGUCGAACAACACGAUGACGAUACGAACAUCAUAAUUUUUGUCAAUCGCACAUCGGGUGUGUACCGAGGCUCACUGAGCCCUAGCAGUACAACAAUGCGACCCUUCCCCCAAGGAUUUACCACCGAUAGUGGAGUGAUCAGAUCAAGCGCCGGUGUACCGAUAUCUGGACGAUCCACCGAAAAUCCCCCAACCAAAGAAAACCCGCCCAUUGUCAAUCAACCUGCCACAAGUACAACAACGAGACAACCUCAGGUCACUGGGGAAAUUUCCUCAAGUGUGGUGACGGAUGAUCAGGAAAUCUCCCUGGAAAUGCACCGCAUGAACAUUGUGACCAUGGUCUUGGCUGGCAUUGGUAUUGUCCCCUUGCUGGCCAUAAUACUUUACCUACUGCGUAACUACCUGCUGAAGAGACCCAUCAAAGACGAUGAGGAUUUUGAUGUCUGCAUUACCGAUCAGCAACCCAUAAGUCCGGUUAAAAAGCUUGAUGGUAAAUAUCAGGAAGAAGACGAAGAUGUGGUGGACCAUCACAAGAAACCACCCCAGCGACAGCAUAGUUUACACAGCAAACUGGUGGCACCCCCAUUGGCCCGUGAUGCAAAUCACAAUCAUGCCCAGCAGCGUUACGAUGACAAAAGCUCUGUGACCAGCGAUCAGGAAUUCGAUCGCUCCAAUAUUCGCUUGAAAAGUCUUUUGGGAGAGGGUAACUUCGGCCAAGUGUGGAAAGCUGAGGCCGAUGAUUUGAGUGGCCAUUUUGGUGCCACGCGCAUUGUGGCCGUUAAAACCAUCAAGGCAUGCAGCACCCAGCUGAGUCUCAAGGAAGAGGGAAAUAUUAUGCGUAAACUGGGUUCUCACCAGAAUGUUGUAACCCUGCUGGGAGCUUGUGUGGAAACAGAACCCCACAUGCUAAUCAUGGAGUAUGCCAUGCGUGGCCGCCUCUUAUCCCUGUUGAGGGCAGCCCGCAAUGCCACAAAUAUCCUACCAGCCUCUGUGCCAGGUGGCCGCAGUUUGGCCCCCUUGUCGCCGCGUACCUUAGCCGGAUUUUGUUUGGACAUUGCACGUGGCAUGGAGUAUAUUGCCGAAAAGAGAAUUGUUCAUCGAGACCUGGCAGCCCGUAAUGUUCUGCUCGAUCAUAACGGCGUUUGCAAAAUCUGUGAUUUCGGCAUGUCCAUAGAUCUGGAUGCGGAGCGUAAACGCAAAGAACUGGAAAAGAAUUGUGCCAAUGAGAUAAUGCGCAGUAAUUUCAACAAAUUCAAAUUCGAUUUUGGCGGUAAAUUCAUUAUGAAUCAUUGGACGGCAGCGGGAGGUAAUGGCGGUAGUCCACAUAAAGAUGGUGGUUGCAGUGAAAAGAAGGGUCAAGAUACAAUUGGUAAACGGCCGGCUUUGCCAAUACGUUGGAUGGCGCCCGAAUCGCUGCAAUACAAUUGCUUUAGCACCGAAACGGAUAUUUGGGCAUUCGGUAUUGUGCUGUGGGAAAUUGCAACAUUAGGUUCUACCCCAUAUUCACAUUUGACGGGACGUGAAGUUAUACGCCGCGUGCCACAGGGUUUAAGGCCCGACUUACCCAAGGAGGGACGCCAUGAGUUCUAUAACCUAAUGUCUCGUUGCUGGCACAAGGAUCCUCAAAUGCGUCCUAGUUUCACCCAAUGCCGUUUGGAAAUCAAUCGUUCUCUGCACAAAUGGGUCGAUGAUGAUUCAGCUGCCUCGGAUUAUAUGGACGUCAGCGGUUUCAGUGAGGAUCUGGAACAGGGCAUGGUCUAUUUCAAUCAUCGCAUAUCGGAGUUUGAAUGUGAAAUAUGACAGUAGGCAUAGAACGGCCUUAUACCUUUAUCCUCCGAGACCUUCCCAUUACUCCUCUAACCCAUCCAUUUUCACCAUCCUAGCUUUUUUUGUCUCUCUCAUCACCAAGUGCUCGUAGCAGUAUUAUUAUAAUUGUCUCCUUAUCUUCUAAAUAUCCAAAAAAAUAUCGUAUUUUGCAAGUGCUAAGAUUGGUGCUUUCAUUGUCGAAGCGACAAUGGAAUACAUCUUCGGGAAUAUUUUGAAAAUAUUUCGAAUUUUAAUGAACACAUCAUAUUCGUUUGAUUUUUUUUUGUUUUGUAAAUAUUAGUAUAUUAUUAUGUUAAUUCUUUUAAUUUAUAAGUUAUUAAGUAGUUUAGUUUUCAAUUGUUUUUAUCGAAUCUGUACCCGUCCCCACUUCGUUUUUUCUUUCUUAGAUUUCUAGUCUGUAUUCGAAACCCGUACUCUAAUUGGUUUGAUAGGAUUUUUUUUUCUAAAAUAUCGAUCGAAAAUACAGGCGAAUGAAAGGGAAUCUCUUGAACUUGAAACUAUUUCUGUGUGACGUCACAAUAUUGAUUUGCAAAUAAGGAAAGAAGAUUCCAAAAGAGUUUUUAAAAAUUAAUUUUUUUAAAUAAAUAAAACAUUUGGAAUUCGAAGUUUAUGGAUUUUUAUACCCUCCACUAUUCUAUGGUGGAAAUAUUUACAAUAGACCCCACAAAGAAUAUAUAUUCUGGAUCAGCGUAAAAUUCUAAGAAGAUCUAGCGAUGUCCGUCCGUCUGUUGUAAUCACGUUAUAUUCCGAACGAAUUGAAAUAGAAGACUAAAAUUAUGCAUACAUGCAUAGUUUACCAGCAUGCAGCUUAAGUUCGUAAAUGGGACGAGUCGGUCCACGUUUUUGUAUAGCCCCCAUAUAACGGUACCUCCCGAUAUUCGGUAUUUUCAUGAUUUUAGCGACAGUAUUUACCGGAAUUAUUUCAAAUUUUAUAUUCAAAGUUCGUUAUGGGUGCUGCCGCCUAUGACGAAAAUUUGUGUAUGCAGAUCCACGAUUUUGUAUGGUCCCUAUAUAACGCUACCUCCCGAUAUUCGGUACUUUCCUAAUUUAAGCGGCAAUAUUUACCCGUCUUAUUUCAAAUUUUGUAUUUGAAGUUCGUAAUGGGUGCUACCGCCUAUGACAAAAAUUUUUGUAUGCAGGCCCAUGUCUUCGUAUAGCCCCCAAAUGACGGUACCUCCCAAUACACGGUAUUUUUAUGAUUUUUGAAGUUCGCAAUGGGUACUACAGCCUAUGACAAAAAAUUGUGUAUGCCAUGUCUUCGUAUAGCCCCCAUAUAACGGUACCCCCCAAUAUUUAGUAUUUUAAUGAUUUUAGGAACAGUAUUUACCGGAAUUAAUUCAAAUUUCAUAUUUAAAGUUCGCAAUGGGUACUACAGCCUAUGACAAAAAUUGUUGUAUGCAGGCCCACGUCUUCGUAUAGCCCCCAUACGAGAGUACCUCAAAUAUUCGGUAUCUUGACGAAAUUAGCGACAUUAUGCACCGAAAUUGUAACAAAUUUCAUAUUUAAAGUUCGUAAUGGGUACUACAGCCUAUGACAAAAAAAUUCGUAAGGAGGUCCACGUCUUCGUAUAGUCUCCAUAUAACAAUUUUUAUUUGGUAGUUUCCGGAAGUUUUUUUUUUUUUUGAAAUAUUUCAAGUUCCUUCCAAAUGAUGGAGGGUAUUAAAAGUUCGACCCGGCCGAACUUAGCUGCUUUCAUACUUUUUUUUUGUAUUCACUUUCGUAUCGUCAUACAGAAAUAUACCUUCAAAUUUUGAAUAGGAUUUUUUAUUUCGAAAAAAUGUGAAUACAAAAUUUGAGACAAAUCAGCUCGCUUUGAUUUUUAUUCUCUCAAAUUCCUAGUGAAACAUUAUUAUCGAAAUAUAAAAAUAAACAUUCACAAAAUUGUAAGAGAUUGACUUUCGUUUGCCUCGACUCUCGGCAAAUGUCUUAAUUUGAUUUUUUUUUGACCAUAGAAAUAUAUCACGUAAGAUUUGACAGGAAAUUCUCAGAUUUCUCCUCCGUUUGCAAUUGGCUUUAAUUAUCCCACAACCCCCCAAAAAUGUAUUUCCAUUCUGUGCACUUUCAUUUUGUAAAAAUAUAAUUUAAUUAUUCUUAUCUUAAUAUAAUAGUUAUUAUUAUUAUUUGUUUAUGUUACGUUUAAGUUUUCUGUGCACAUUCCACUUGUAUUUAUCCCUAUGUCUAUUAGUUUGUAAAUAAUAUGAAAUAAAAAAUUAAAUUGUGAAUAUUGAAAAUUAUCUGUAUCUGUAUUGUAAAUACAUGUGAAAGUAUGUAUAUUAUCGCAAAAUAAUAUGUAUGUGUCUAACAUCACACGUUUGUUCUUCCGUUAUUGCAUUAGGUUUAUUAUACAAUUUGAAUUUAUUUAUAAAUUUUUAAAUUGAUAUAUUUUGUUUUGUUCAAAUCAGACACAACACAACAACAAUACAUGUUCGU